AUGUCUGACAUCAAGGUCGACGGAUUCAAGUCCUCUGGCAUCCUUGCAGGUCUUGCGACUGUCUUUGAUAGCUACAAUGACGAGGAGAAGAAGGCCCAGAUCAAGAAGACGAAUGGCAUCUUCGAGUUGCGCGUGAAGAACAUGGAGGGCCAGGAGGCGGUGUGGACCAUUGAUAUGAAGACGUCCGGAUCCGUGUACAAGGGCGAGUCGAAGACGAAGCCAAACGUCACGCUUAUCAUGUCGGAUGAGACCUUCCAGCAAUUGGCGGAGGGCAAGCUGGACGGACAGAAGGCCUUCAUGACGGGCAAGCUGAAGACGAAGGGCAACAUGAUGUUUGCAACCAAGCUCGACGGCGUGUUGAAGGCUGCAAAAACCAAGGCGAAGUUGUGA